CUCCUGAUCCUGAUUACAAGUGAUUGUACCAUCACCAAAAAAAGAAAGAGUUACAUAAUGUUUCUGUCAUCAAUAAAAACAAAGCCCUGCUGUAACAGACAAAUACACACAGUUGCCAGUUUAUUAGGAACGGCUAGAACUGUCAGGGCGGCACAGUUGCUAGAUGAAUCUCAAAUAAAUGUGUGUGUUAUCAGAUAUAGCAUAAACUAAAGGUCCAGGAGUGAGGGUAUAAUGAGGUCGUGGGUAAAUUAGAAGCAUAUUCAGUUGUCCACAUAGAACCCCAAGUGGUUCAUGUGUCCUCAGGCAGCACGUGGAGUGAGAUGGUGAAGAGAAUAGCAUCACUGUGAAUAGUGUCGACAGUGAGAGACGUGUGAAGUCUGAGGGUGUGAAAACAGAAGUACAAUCAGACACGAACCUUUAUCUCAGUGGGCCUGUUUGUCUCUCCAGAAGCACGGGGUUCAUGUCAGCAGCUGCAUUCAGACUCGUGUGUGGUCUGACUUCAGCCUCAGCGAGUAAAUUGGUAACUGUGACAAAGUGUGACCUGGCUAUCACAUGCUGCACGUGUGCAUGUGUGUGUGCACAAGUUACAGUAAAAUGUCUGUUUGAAUUAUUUUUCAUUCCCACGCAAUAUAUUCACCGUUUACUGUUCAUAAGCAUUUCUGGAUGGUUCAUAACAAACUACUGCAAGGAAAGGAUGGAGGAUUUAUGUACUGGCCUUCAGUGUGUGUGUGUGUGUAUGUGUGUGUGAGGGAAAAUGACAAGAGAGAGGACUGUAAGUGUUUCUAAUGUGGGUUAAAGCUUUAAUCAAAGCCAUGUGGGGUCCGGGAGGGGAAAUGAGAGUGGUAAUAAAGAGUAAUAAAGUUUACAUUCUGCAGGAGAGGCAGCUUUGGCUCCGGCUUUACGAUAUCACAGAGUUGUGUCUUAAAAGUCCUCCCUCUGCACCCUAAUCCAGUUCUACAGACGAGAUCAAAGCUGUGAUGCCACACAAAGCAGAGAUUUUAAUUCUGACAGGGCUUUAUUAAAAGCCCACAGUGCUGAUCCUGUCAUUACGAAGAACGGCUGAAGGAAAGGAAAUACGUCUUUGAUUGAUACAGUUAAACGCGGAAAAAACUCCAUAAAACGAAAUCUCUGAAAUCCCAACGGAACCUUUGGAGCUUGUCAUGAACUUCUCAUAGCUGUGCAUAAAAAAAAAAAUUAAAAAAAAAAACUGGUCAGAAAAUGACCCGCCGGAGUGUGAGAAUAAAAAUAACACUAGAAUAGUCCAAAUAUCUACCACAUGCACAGCUUCAGUAGGAUUGGAGUGACUCGGCAGAGUGGUAUGUCCGGGAAAGCUACGGGUUAAUUUAAGACUAGGAGCAAAGCCUGUUGCCAAUUAGGAGCAGUGAGCGCCACAUGUGGGCUAGACUUAGCUAUCUCCAGAAGGGGGCAAAGGGGGCAGAAACCGCGCUGCGCGCAAUGGAGACAAGCUGACAGCCCGUGCAAUCACUUCUUCUAGAUCAAUUGGCAGUUACUUGUUUGGACGGUCACUAAUUUGUGGGAUUUUUUUUUCUCCUGAGAGAUGAUUAAACAGGAUCUGCAGGGCUGAAGAACUGGUGCGUAAAAGGACCGCCGCUUAUUCGUGGCCUGCUUCCACUUUCACCUUAUAGCAUUUGCAACAUGGCACGCGUCUCUGCCAUGGUUUUACUCUGUGUAACAUCUAUACUCAGUGGAGCAGAGAGCGUGGCUGAGACCUGCCGGGGGACGCGCUGCUUCUCUGGCCAGGACUGGAGAAGACCGUGCGUCGGAGCGCACUGCCAGGGGCGCACGGACGCAGCAGCUCCCCGGCGACAGUUUCACCCCUCUGCUCAGUCCAGACAAGGACAGAUCUACCCGAGUUAUCAGCAGGAUGGUCAUUUCAGUCACCACCAAGCGCAGAGCUCGCCGUUAGCACCGUACACCAUCGUCCAACCUCAGCAGGGGGGCUUUGCGCAGCAAGCGGGUACGGAUGGCACCAGGAGGACCAACCCGAGAACCAUCACUGCGGAGGUGUUCCAUCCUGGCUGCGCCGGUGGGACGUGUCCCACCACAGUCUCCCAUCACCCGACGAGUGAUGACAGUGCAACUUGGGACUGCAAAGGGAUUGGAUGUAAACUUCCCCUCCGGAUGCGCCAGAAGUCCAAGUCUUGCGUUGGAGACGGUUGCGGUGCGCACGGAGGAGACGACGGGAGAGGACACUCAUCCCCGGUUCAUGUGACGGACAGAGCGGCGCAGUUUCUGGAUGAGCUUCCAGACUUUGGGUCGGAGCGAGGCGCGUGGAUACAGUUAACAUGUGACAUGAAACCAGGGAACAAUGAGGUUCCCUCAGAGGACGCUCUGGUGCUGCAGCUGCAGCUGUCUAAGAGCCAGGACAAGCUGGUUGAGGCCCUCAGGGGCCAACAGGACGAGGUCAGGGAGCUGCAGAGGCUCCUCAGUGAGCAGCAGGGGACGCUGGUCAACCAGCAGAGAGAAAUACUGGAGCAACAGAGGAGGAUGUACGAACAGAUGGAACAAGUCAAAGCCCAGUACAACAUAAUGAUGGACAGCAUCAAACAGACAUCCUUCCAGGGCCUCCAGGGGGAGCUAGACAGUCACAUGGACACUUUGAGUGGGCAGGUCAGAAACCACCAAGCUCAGCAGGCUCUCUCUCUGCACAAGGUGGACAUGGAGGCCAGCGUGAUGGAGGUGGGUCGCUCCCUGAUUGCCUGUGGAAGCUGUGGUCCUGACGAGUACUGCAGCUUCAGCAGCGGUCAGCCUCGCUGUGAGAAGUGUACCAUCUGUCCUGCAGGCUUCUUCCUGGUCGCCCAGUGUUCAGUCCACGCAGACAGAAUCUGCCAGGACAGAGAUGAAUGUCUUGAAAUAACUGAUCUGUGUGGAGAUCCACAGAAGUGUCUCAAUACUCCAGGUGGAUUCAGGUGUCAGGGCAUGACAGAACGAGAUGCCACCUCUGGAAUGUGCAGCCAUGGCUACUUCUACAACUCAGACAUGGAUGAGUGUCAGGCCUGUAAUGAAUGCGAUGGGGAACCAAUAGCUUCGCCUUGUACCUUCACCUCAGACGCCAUGUGCUCUGGCCCUGCUGCUGGCGACAGUGCCCUCUCUCUUGCCUGGGCUGGGGAUGCGAGUCUGCCCAGCGCAAAAGGCCACAUCCUUGCUCACGCCUUCCCUAGCGUGCAGCUUCACCUCCAGGGGAAAGGCGAUGCAAGUCUGGUGGCCCCUGAGGACGGGCACCUGGUGCUUCGGCAGCACGGCCUGAUCUGGCUGGACGACAAUCUCUCGGUGACUCACGGCUGUCGUAGUUUCAUCCAGGUGUGUCUGCGAAUGAACAACACGGACGGCUCCGAAAGUCGUGACCUCAGUGGUGUACGCAUCGAACAGCAGGAAGUAAGGUCGCUACAGAGCGCGAGCAUCAGCGCGGUAGCAGAGGUGGCGCCAGGUCACAUCAUCUCCCUCUUACUCCGGAGUGCCAACCAGCACUGUAACCAAAGCAGUGAAGGUCUGCAGCUGUACAACCCCUCCGCAGCUUCGCUCAGUCUCCUCUGGCUCUCCCAUGACACUGGGGCGGUUGCCAUGACAGCACAGGCCAUGGUGUCUGCACACUACCACACAACCUAUCGCCCAGUUUUCCGCACCACCUCCACAUCUGACCCUUAUGUGGUGGGGCUGACUCACGACGGCCGUGGGAUCCGUUUCGCUGAGAGUGGCACAGUACGUUUUGUGUUCCAGCAGGCACUGUACUCUAUGGGCCAGGCAUGUGUGAGCGAGGGCUUCCAAAUAUUGGCAUACCUCAACCAUAACGGAACUGGCAUGGAGCUGUGUCGUACCUUCAAACCAGGCGUGCACUAUCGAGACACGUCCAUAUCUCUGUCUGGAGCCUCUAAAGUUGACCCUGGGGACACACUAGCCUUUGAGAUCCUCUCUCCCGCUCAGUGCAACGUACGUUUCUUUGGCGAUGAAACAGGCAUCAGCACCCUCAGCUUGGUUUGGGUCCCGGCUGCAAUCUCCUCCUCUUUGUCUGCCUCGAUAUCUCACACGGGCCUUCCCUCGGGAGCAGUCCGAAACAAGCCUCUGUUCUUCCGCCAGACCAGCGCCCAGGUGUCGCAGAUGGAGCUGCUGGGGAAGGGAUCCACAGAUCAGAGGCGAGACUUCGUCUUCAAGGAGAGUGGCACGGCCAGUGUGGCUCUGGAUCUCAAACUUAUUCACUCCUGCAACCUGGUCAAGGUGACUCUUCUAAGGCGAAGUGAUCCAGAAGGGUCAGGUGGAGACCGGGAGGCAGAGGGAGCACGACCUGUCCCUCUGGCCCAACAGGUGAGUGGUCAGAUGCCUGAGGGCAGCCACUGGGCCAGAGUGAGCCUGCGGGCAUCCUUCCAGGUUCAUAAUGGCACAGCGGUGUUCUUCAUACUUGACUGUGUACGUGGACGGGUAAACCAGAUCAGCCACCACUCAGGAAGUGGAGUGUCAGUCCUCUGGGUGGCAGCAUAACAUAAAUCAAAACUUUAUUGAGUUGUUUCUUGAUAUGGUUUCCAAUUCAGUGGACAAGAUGUUGAGCGAUUAAUAAGAUGGACUGAUUUUGUUGGUUUGUUUGUAAAGGAAUAGUUAGACAGGUUGGAAAAGAUGCUUAUUUGUUUCUUGCCAAGAAUUGGAUGAAGACUGAUACCACUCUCAUUCCUGUCUGCUCAGUGUUAAGAAUGUUAAGCUGCCUGUUAGCUUAGCUUAGUUUAGCUUAGCAUAAAGACUGGAACCAGCUAACCGUGCUCCAUUCAAAGAUGAAAAACUACACUACACUACACACAAAGGUUAAGCACCCGUGAAGCCCAGUGUUGAACAGUUUUAUCUCGCUUGUCUAAUCUGUGCUAAAAGCAAAGUGUUACGGCACCAAGUUGGGGUUACAUACCAGGCUAGCCCGUUCCCAGCCUUUGAAGCUACUAAGCAAAACUAAGCUAAGCUAACCAUUUGUGGUCAUCAUCUUCUCAUUUACCUUUAACAAGCAUAUCUCCCAUACUUUGAACUAUUCAUUUAAGCUGCCUUUUUUAAAAAGACUUUUGUAAAAUAAUAAUAAUAAUAAUAAUAAUAAUAAUAAUAAUAAUAAUACUUUAAAAGCUUAAGUAUGGACUUAUUUUUAAAAAAGCAUAGCAUUAUGCAUCAAUAUUAAUGCAAGUAUUAGUAAUGUGUAAUGAUUUCUGCAAAGGUUCAAAUUAUGGCCCUAAAGAACUGUCUCCAGCUUCAAAUACACACAAUAUUUCUUAUGGUUGAGUCGCCUGUUUUUAUGUUCAGAAAUUCCUUGUGCUUUUACUUUGUCUGUCUUUUAUUUAUGUAAUUCAUUCACACCAAAGGACUUCAUCAUUCCCGCUGUGACUACAGCAUUUUUCUGCUGUCGCCAAAAGCGAUCCUCUGGUGCUGGUUUCAUUCAGGAGUGUGUUUUUUGAGAGCACAUGUUUAAUGUUAGCUGCCAUUUUCUAAUGUGAAUAUCUACUGCAUGCCUUGUUUAAUGACCACUUUCUGCAUAAGGGAGUCAUGUGUUCUUCGCUAAGGCCCUGUUGAUUAAACUGUCUUGGGGAGACAGCAUGUUAUUUUGUUAUUCAAUGCCUUAAGAGUUACUGUUUACUCAAAAUGUAAUAAAAUGUAUAUUUGAUGUUUUGUAUUAAAUGCAAUA